CCCCCCCCCCCCUACCGGAGCGGCGGCGUCAGGAUGUAGCAGAGGAGGAGAGAUCAGAGGGAAGAGACGGUGGAGGGACGGAGGGGACAUGGGGAAGGACCAGGAGCUGCUCCAGGCCGCGAAGACGGAGGAUCUGCUGACAGCUCAGCGGCUCCUGCAGAGACCUCGGCCCGGCAAAGCCAAGCUCCUCGGUGCAACAAAGAGGGUGAACGUCAACAUCCAAGAUGCAGACGGGUUGUCACCGCUGCAUCACGCUGCUCUGAGUGGUAACAAGGAGAUGAUCUCUCUGCUGCUGGAAGCCCAGUCAGCUGUCGACAUCAAGGACAAUAAAGGUAUGCGCCCUCUACACUAUGCUGCAUGGCAAGGGAAGACUGAACCAAUGAAAAUGCUGCUGAAGGCCGGCUCAUCGGUCAAUGGCCAAUCAGAUGAGGGACAGAUCCCUCUCCACCUCUCAGCUCAGCAUGGGCACUAUGAUGGGUCGGAGAUGCUGCUACAACACCAGUCCAACCCAUGUAUCUCAGACUCAGCUGGGAAAACCCCCUUAGAUCUCGCCUGUGAAUUUGGACGUGUCGGAGUGGUACAGCUUCUACUCAGCAGUAACAUGUGUGCAGCCAUGCUGGAACCAAAACCCUCUGACCCCAACGGUGUAUCGCCUCUACACCUUGCUGCCAAGAACGGACACAUUGACGUCAUACGGCUGCUGAUUCAAGCUGGCAUCGAUAUCAACAGACAGUCUGAGUCUGGAACAGCGUUGCAUCAGGCCGCUCUCUGUGGGAAGACAGAGGUAGUGCGCCUACUGCUGGAUAGUGGCAUCAGUGCGGGAGUGAGAAACACUCUGAGCCAAACUGCCCUGGACAUUGUUAAUCAGUUCACCACCACGCAGGCCAGCAGAGAGAUCAAACAGCUACUCAGAGAUGCUUCAGCGGCGAUGCAGGUACGAGCACUGAAGGAUUACUGCAACAACUACGACCUCACCAGCCUCAACAUUAAAGCUGGAGACAUUAUCACGGUUUUGGAGCAGCACUCAGACGGACGAUGGAAGGGCUGCAUUCACGAUAACCGCACUGGAAACGACCGCGUGGGCUACUUCCCCUCCAACAUGGUGGAAGUCAUCAAGAGGGCAGGUCACGCCCCCUCCCAGCAGUGUCACACCCUCCUCCUCCGCAGGCCCAACCCCUGUCCCAUUGCCUCAGUCAACGGACACCCGUACCCCCCUUCCAAAGUCCUCCCUUUGCAUCUGCCUCCCCCCCCUCACCCCAACAUGCAGUCUCUCCCACUCUUCUCCUCUUUCGGGUACGUUCCACUUCCCAUCUCUCCUCCUUCUCUCUCCACUCCUCCUCCUCCUCCUCUCCCGAUUCCUUUUCUCUCCACUUCUCAGGAGCAGCAAAGUCAGAAAGGUUCUCGGACUACAGAGAUAAGUCCUCAAGGCUCUCCUACCCUUGGCCAGCAGAGUAGUACAAGUGAGGAUAUUUGGGUGUUACGCAAACCUCUGGCAGGAGGAGAGCGCAGCGGCAGCGUGGGCAGCAUCGGCAGCGUUCGGUCAUCAAGUAGCAUGCAGAGCUCUGGCAACACACACGUUCUGACUACACCUGCACCCAGUCCGCACCCUGCACUCACGCCAGGCGUGAACACGCACGGCCUCAAUGCUCCAGGUCUGCACGCACAAGCAGAAGGGGUCAAGCUCCUGGCCACUGUGCUGUCCCAGUCAGUCAAAGCCAAGGAACAUCUCCUGGAGCAGUCGCAGUCUGUGGAACAGUCGGCGAGUUCUUCUAGUUCUGCAGUUCAUGAACAACGAUCCUUUGAGAAGAAAGCAGAGGAGGAUGAUGGGAAAAAGCAGGCAGUAGUGGCGUGGCUGGGUGAGUUUCAGCUGCAGUUCUACACCACCCACUUCCUCACCGCGGGAUAUGAUCUAGACACCAUUAGCUGCAUGACCUCUGAGGACCUCACGGCUAUAGGGGUCAUGAAGCCUGGACAUCGCAAGAAGUUAACAUCAGAGAUCAGCAAGAUGCCGUCCAUGGGCUGGCUGCCAGACCACAAGCCUGCCAAUCUGGCAGACUGGUUGUCUCAGCUAGGCCUUAGUCAGUACUACCAAGUUCUGGUCCAGAACGGAUACGAAAACAUCGACUUUGUGUCCGAUAUCAGUCUUGAAGACCUACAAGAAAUCGGCAUUACUAAGCUCGGCCACCAGAAGAAGUUAAUGUUGGGAGUAAGGAGACUGAAGGAGCUCCAGAGAGGAGAAAGUGUCUCCGAGCCUUCUCAAAGCCACAUUUCUUCUCCAUCCAGCCCGAGAGGCAGCGUCAGCUCAGAAAGCACCGUGUCUCAAAAACAGGCCAGGAAGCAGAGGGACAGAGUCCCGAGCCCGCUGGCCAAACCCCGCCCCGGUCACACACGGACACACACGCCCCCCCACACGCCAACGCAAACUACUCCUCAAACCCCGACGCACGCUCGAACCCAGCAGGCCUCCCCGAGGGCUCGGCCGCGGCCGUCCACCCAGACGUCCACAGCGGAUUCGUCAGAGCCACUCCUCCGCCUGCCCAGUGAGGAAGAGGAGCGGCAGAGGACUCACAGUCUAAUUGGCUCUGAAACAGACUCCAGAUAUGCCACCGUGUGCCGCAGCAGCUCGGCACUUACUGCUGCCCCCAACGACAUCACUGUUAACCGAAGCCAGUCAUCUGUCACACUCCGACCCCGAAGGAAAGGUCGGCCCCCAACACCACCUAAAAGGUCCUGUUCUUCCAUUACCGGGGCUGAUGGGGAGGCAGACGGGCAAAAGGCGGGGCUUCUAGGGCUGCCGACGUACAGGGAGCGCCGUGCCAGCGACUGCGGAAGCCUGGGAUCAGUUUUGAGAGCUCAGGAAUCAGCGGGCCUGGAGAGAUCAGAGGGAGCCUCUGGGAGUGUGCGCAGCCUUGCCGCCAUGCUGGAAACAUCCAUUGUGGGUGGAGCAAAAAUUCUACCAAGGAAUAUGGGAAGCGGUGCCAACUACCUACAGGUGAGCCCGCCGAUACUUCGACGUCAAGCGGGCGCCGGUGGUCUUGGAUCUGAGGAAGACGAUGUCAUAAGUCGGCGUAGGACCAUCAGUGGAGUAGCAGAGGGUGAUCAGAUUGACCUUUCGUCUCGGCAGCCGGCACAGCCACGUCCGGAGCCCCGCCCACGCUCCACUGUGCUCACAUCCACAUCCGAACUUGCAGACGGCACGGCGACUCUCCGACGGAAGCCGCAUCCUGUGCCAACAGACGUCUCAGCAUCUGCAGCCACGGCUCCCACCACCGUUGCCGUUACCAUGGCAACCAGCUCUGAUCACAGGAGGGCGCGCACGUCUGAGCAUUCAGAAAGUGUUGAUCAAAGCAAUAACCAGGCGGAUUUUGUCAGCAGUCGAGUAAACGGGGGCCAGAAACCCGGCGGUGAGCCGCAGCAGAACGGCGGUGUGGUUCUGAGGCGGAAGCCAACGUCUGAGGUCUCUGAAAGGACGGAGGCCAGCAGGGAGAGCUGUGAGUGGAUGGAGGCCAGGAAGUCUCUGAAACCGCCCAUGUCGCCAAAACCAACCACGGCCACCAUGAAGAAGACGCAGGCUGACCCCCCGACCCCGACUCGCAGAGUUCCUAUACCCGGGCCAGAUAAUACCAACACGGCACAGAGUCCUGGAGAAUUAAAGCGCACUCCUCCUCCCGUGUCCCCGAAACCUCGUGGACCUCCAAUAGCACCCAAACCAGGCAAAGCAAUAGCAGCUUCAUCUGCAGUCAGUCCGGGUCCUGCUGCCACAACUCCACUUGCAGCCAGCCCGACUCCUUCCCACAAACCCUCCUCUCCGCUCGCUGCCUCCCCGCUCCCAGCUCCUGAUACUCCUUCUGCCCCCUCCCUCUCUCCCGGGGUCCCUCUCGCCUCACCCUCUCCGGCUCAGAGCCCUUCCACUCCUUCAGCGCACCCCGUUAAGCCCCCUCGCUCCUCAAUUGCUGGGCUCUCCUUCGACGCGCUGGGAGGGAGGGAGGCAGAGGAAGAGGAGGACAGGAGGAGAGAGGAAGAUGAGAAGAGGAGAGAGAAGGAGCACAAGAGGCACAAAGAACAUGAGGAGGAGAGUUGGAGAGCAGAGGGAGAGAAUCCGAGGGAGCUGGAGGAGAAGCCUUCAAGGAAAGAAGGAAGGACAGAGGAGAUGAAGAGUCCAAUGCAGGAAGUGGAGGAGGAGGAAGAGGAGGUGCAGCAACGACUGGAGGAGACCAGUGCUUCCUUAGCUGCAGCUUUACAGGCUGUCGAACACAAGAUGCAACAGGAAGACACCCAAAACGAUUCUCUCUCCGGCAAAAAGGCGACCGUCUCCAUCCUGGAUGACAUCGGCAGCAUGUUUGACGACUUGGCCGACCAGCUGGACGCCAUGCUCGACUGAGCUCCUGCCCACGCUCCCCUCUCCCCGACUCGUGUGUAGGUGUAUCCUGAAAGCUGUACCGAGGCUGUCGCCAGCGCUCUGAGUGUUUGCGUACGUGUGCGUAUGUGUCUCUGCAGUGUGAGCGCUUCUCAUGUAGCCUUGUACAGUGUGGCGAGAGGUGAGGAGGGGGGGGGGAGCCUUCUGCGUCACUCCGGCCCGCCUCCAGUCGCCAGGAGGCUGCUCGCGGACGACCUCUGACCUCUGCAGCACAGUGAGCCACCACCGCCUAGCCUCAGACGGCCGCGUGGGGCGAGAAGCACAACUGUUUGUUCCCCCUCUUCGUUUCAUCUCCACAGACUCUGACGCCAAGUCAGUCAGAAGGAGGCAGGAGAGCGAACCGCUCACCGAAAGAUAAGCACAUAAACAGACUGAUGGGCAGGUUACAGACAGACGAGCUGCACACAAAUGAAAUAG